AUGGGUAAUGGCAUCAACAAGGUAUGUCUACCCUCUGUUACACGCGACAAGUGUUGAGUUUACGUACGAAUACGUGGUCCUCGGCAUUUUGAGUGAAAUUAAGGAGGUGGUGGUGGUACCUGUCAUUGAUAGAGCCAUUGUCACGGUUAGCCAACAAAGUUUUGAGCACUUUUAAUGUUACACUUUUCAUUUGGUUUCGUGAUGGAUCGUCUCUUUCAGCAGAAUUUAACAUACCUGUUUCACCUCUGUGGUCCUAAUGUGGAUUUUGAACAUAACUGAGACGUUUCUGGAGUUAUUUGCCAUUUUUCUUGCAGCAUGAUCCCAACUUUGGCAUAGUAAAUCUCAUCAGCACUUUAUAUCUUCAGGCUGUUAUCUGUCUUCUGUUUUCAGAUAGCCUACCAUGUCAUUAAACCAAUUAUUCUCUGUUGUCUGAUGCUCUGUUUUCCUCUACCUCUGUAUAUCUGUGUUUAUAGGUCCUGCCUGACCUAUAUUUGGGAAAUUUCAAAGGUGUGUCUCAAUGCAUUUUCAAUACUUUGGUAUGGAUCAGACUCAGGAACUACUCAUACUCAUUGUUUUCAAAUGUGGUUUUGUUUGCCAGAUGCAAGAGACCGUGAACAGUUAGCCAGGAACAACAUCACACACAUCCUGUCCAUUCAUGACAGCGCGGCUCCAAUUCUCCAGGUGAGAGACUCCCCUUGUUCCACAUGACAUCUUUGUCUUAGGUUACGUCUAAAAUUACACAUUAAUCUUUUAGCAGAGGGGUCAAGAAAAUGAGGCUGAGCGGAUCUGAUUUGCUGGGCCCCUCUUGGUCUGACAGUAUACAUCACACACACAACUCUGAACAGGCUGCAAACCGGUCUGUCAGGUCAUUCAGGAUGAGGUUCCCAUCAUGCUGCCUCCUGAGUGAGCAAACAUGUCUCAGUUUUCAGUGAGUUACACCAAGCAGGAAAGUUUGUCACUCGUGAUAGUCGGAGGAUCAUGAGGAACGCCAGUCAACAACAGUUGGUUUGGUCAGUGUCCUGAAUUGUUCACUUGUGUGGGCUUGAGAGUAGGCGGUUGUUGUUGCUCAGUCAUUGUGGACUGUGCAGUUUUGCUUCAUUAUUAUGUUUCCUAGGUUAUUAGUAUGGAUAAAAAGUGUCUGUGUGAGAAAAAAAAACAGCUUUUGCUCUCUGCUUUUUUAUUCAAAACUUAAAUACGACUGCAAAUCAGCUUAAAACUGCCCUUAUUCUCCAACCUACAAUAGCACAGCUUGUAAUGGCCAGCGGCGACACGAACAGAUGAAUCAAUCUACCACCUGUUGUUUAUUGAUUAGUGUUCAGUGCAUUAGAAGAAGUGGCUGCUGCUGACAGGUAACUAGUCCACUUUGUCCCCCAGGAGAUGACCUAUCUGUGCAUUUCAGCAGCUGACCUGCCCACACAAAACCUGUAAGUACCAAAAAAAUGUGCAGCACAGCAACACACACACAAACACGUACAACAAUGAAAGGCUGGAGCAGAAAGACAGAGAGAGAGAAUACCUCAUCCAUUUGAGGCUGCACUGUGUGGGCGUCUGAGGUUCAUAUUCUCAGAGCUAACGUGUAAAUGAUACACUCUAACUGCAUUUUACUGUGGACUUCAUGUCUGAUGAGAUCACAGUCACAUUCACCCCUUUGUGUGUAGCAUGCGCAGACAUGUGCAGCAUGCAAACCCAGGGAGGGGUCCUAAAUUUGGUGCAUGUAUCACCGAGGGAUUCCCUGACUCAGACACACAUUUAAAAACAGUUGCAGAUAUUUCAAGGCUAAAUUCCUGCAUCAAGCAUCUUUUCCCAGGAAGCACCGCACCCCAGUUUUGCAGCUCAAGCACGAUGGUAGGUGUUGUGCCUCUAUUUAUACCGCCCACCCUACCCCCCCUUAAUUUACACACACAAAUGCACACUAAUGCCCCUGUCGCUCUCUCUGCCCCGGUUAGCUCACACCUCUUACGUCAGAGUGUGAGGUGUUUUAAACCUGCUCCAUGAAACAUGACUCCAACUCCCUCAAACCUGAGAUGAACACGCCCUCAUCCUGAUCUAUCCGGGAUAACAAAUUAAAUGGUAUGACAGGCUUAGCGCCAAAAAUAUACACCCGCCAUGUCCAAAAACGCUCACAUGUAUGUGAACAGUCUGCUGUGAGAUGUGUCAGAUGUGUCAGUGACAAAAUAACAGCGCAUAGCCUCAGCGCUCAUAAUGGUUUAAUGUGGCCAUGGCCUGUUUUAACAGACUUCUUUUUAUCUCUCACAGGACCCAGCACUUUAAACAAAGUAUAAUGUUCAUGCAUGAGUCUCGCCUGAAGGGAGAAGGCUGCCUCGUUCACUGGUGAGAACAGCAGAGUUUGUGUAUUUUUAUCGAAACAAGCUUCACUCACACACUAUGAAAACACAAUACUCCACUUUAGUAACUUAACUAGCUAGAUCUCCCCUAUCUAUCUUAUAAUACAGUCACGCUCAAAAUCUACAGCUAAAAUAAACGUGAUCAUUCACCAUAUACCAGAGUGAAGCCAUGUGUAACUGCUGCAAAGAAGAGAUUAAAUGAUAAACAAGCAGCCUAUUCUUGAACUUCCCAAAAACAGAGUACAGUGACACAGUGGAGCCACAUUGUGUUUUUGCAGCAUGGUAGCUGACCAUAUGUUCACAGGGGGGGGAAGUUAUAUUUGGAUAGACAAGAGGGUCUUCUCAGAAACACACUGGAACAAGAGGCUAUUUAUAAGCGCUGCAGUGCCACUGGGCUCUCUGAUAAACAUAUGGACCGAGUGAUUAGGCUGUCAAUUUGACAUUCUGAGUGUAACUGUAAAAUGUGUGUCUAAUUAGUUUCUACACUCUAGUCCUCUUAAUUUAUGAGACACCGUAUAUUAUCUCUCCUCCUGUCACUGUAUGAAGCCUGCCUGUUGCUGCCUUAAAAGUACUUGAUAUACUGAAUCUGUAUUAAUAGUCAAAUGCUGAAUAUUUGAGAUAUUUUGCAAAUUAUUGUGCUCCUUGGUUCUGAAUCUGGUAAUACACAUAAAAUAUAUUUUGGGGAAUUCUGUGAUUCAUUUUGCAAUUAUAAAGUGCAAUAAUAGGGUGCAUAUUUGCCAUAAACUGUACUUUUGUCUGCCUGCUGUUUUUCAUGUUUUACUUAACAUCUGUGUCUGCAACAGUUCCCUCCUGAGUCCUUUUUUUGACCAUGAAUUGCCUGCUACUAAACAGAUAGCUUUUGCAAGUGGUGUGAAAACAUGGCCAUUACACCUCUUUAGCUUCCAUCCACUCAUUUUGAUAUACAUGCAAAUAACAUAUACAUUAAAAAACCUUAUUCAUUGGGAUAAAUUCAAUAUGCAGUGUGUUAUUUCCCAUUGUUUUAGAGGUUUGAAUUAAUCUCAGUUAAUAAGCCAAUUAACUGAUUAAAUUGUGAUUCAUUGCGCACACCUUAGAACCUAGAAAAACCGACUGUUGACAUCUCUGUUUACAUGACUUAUAUACUUUCCAAUUACUAUACUAUAUAAGCGGAAUGAACAGGUUUAAUUUUCUCCUAUAGAAAACCACAGCAACAAUAAAAUAUAUGCUCUAUAUUUGCAAACCAGCAUUACAUAGUUUAUAAAGAGUACUGGGGGAUUCCAGUUUUUAAUUUGUGUGAACGUAGUGCGGAAUGAUCGUCAAUCUGGGUAAGACGUUUACAUGGAGCUUUACCUGGACUACUUUGCAUCUGCAGCAUUUUUCAAUCAUUACCAUGAAGCCAUCAACUGUUAGGUGUCCUUAUCUCUCCUCAUGCAGUUUGGCGGGUGUGUCGCGCAGUGUCACCUUGGUGAUAGCUUACAUCAUGACAGUGACAGGACUUGGCUGGCAGGAGGCGCUAGCCGCAGUCAGGGUGGCUCGGCCCUGUGCCGGCCCUAACCUUGGCUUUCAGAGGCAGCUUCAGGAGUUUGAGGCUAAUCAAGCAGACCAGGUCAGUCAAAGGAAACGAGUGGUGGCAAAUUAUAGUCCCAGGGUAAAAUGAAGGAGAGAGUACACCACCUGUAUUCAGCUUUUUGUGAAGUUGUUUGUAUUUAACUUUUUUCUUCUCAUGUAGUUCAGAGAUUGGCUACAGAAGGAGUAUAAGGACAACCCCUUCAAUGAUGAAGCUCAUAUACGGGACUUGCUUGCUAGAGUACCUAAAGUCAAUGGUAAAGAGGACGCAAAGAAGCCGUCUACCCCACCGGGAGAUAAGUGUUGA